AUGUCUAGCGAGGACGACUCGAUAACACCGCGUCGGAAUAUCGAAGCACAGAGUGCGUUCGCUUCCACGCUGGUGAAUGAUGUUGAAAAAGGCGAGCCGUCCAAAUAUGGCGUUCGCUCUGAGAAGGAGCAUAAGAACUUAUUUGGAGUGAAGAUUGAUACACCUGAGACUCAUGCUGGAACUGAUGCUGUUUUUGCGGCUAAGGCUCAGCUGCUUAACCAGGCUUUAUUGGAUGUUGGAAUGGGAAAGUACCAGUGGCUUCUUUUCUUGAUGACUGGUGUGGGAUGGUUCCUUGAUAGUUUCUGGGUUAUGUCUUUCUUUGUUAUUGCUCCAUCUGCUAGUAAUGAAGCUCAGUUCUUCUUCUCAGGCAAUAAUGAAGAUUACCUCUUUAUUACUUUGUUUGUUGGGUUGACUGUUGGUGGAACGCUCUGGCCGAUGAUGUCUGACGUGCUGGGUCGGAAGUGGAUGUUCACGAGCACCAUCGUGCUUAUGGGCAUGGGAGGUUUGGUUGGUGCAGGUAUGCCUUCAUUCACUGGACUCUCCGUUGUAGGAUUUGUCGUUGGCUUUGCUGUGGCCGGUAACAAGAGUGUUGAUGCGAUGAUCCUUUUGGAGUCACUCCCUGCAUCUCAUCAAUUCUUGGUCGCCAUGCAGGGUGUGUUCUGGGGGUUGGGACAAUUGGUUGCGUCUGCUGUGGGCUGGGCUUUCAUUGCUAUUUACACCUGUGGUACUGGUCCCGGCGAGAAGAGCGGUGCAUACUCAGUCACCAGCCACAAGCGUGCGCACUCCGGCUCCUCGAGCAGCAGCAGCAGCAGUAGCAGUGCCUCUUGCCACUACGUCAGUAACAAAGGCUGGAGAUAUGUCUGGUGGACCUUUGGAUGCAUCACUCUGUUCCUGUAUCUCUGCCGUUUCGCACUGGCCUUCUACGAGACCCCUAAAUUCCUGCUCGCUCGUCGCCGUGAUGCAGAGGCUACCCAGCUGGUCAAGGAUAUUGCUCAACACAACAAGCGACAGACCUGGAUCACCGAAGCUUCCUUCGCACGUAUCGAUUCCACAAUCGAUGGAUCCGAAGCUGAGCUGCGCACCAAGUCUCGAACCAAGGCUCUGGUGUCAUCCAUCGGUCCCAUCGGAACCUUAUGCCUUACCCUUCUGUGGGCGAUCAUGGGUCUAACAUUCAUCCUUUACAAGACCUACAUCGGCAACUACCUUGCUGAGCACAGCGGAGUGGGCAAAGUCACAUCCACGACAGUCGAUACCCCGUACCUAUACAGUCGUUAUGUGUAUAUCGCCAUCUGCGCCAUCCCAGGCCCACUCGUUGCGGCUCUUCUAAUGGAGGUCAAGGGUAUCGGACGCAAGUAUACUGGUGCUGGAAUCGCAUUCUUGACUGGAUUGUUCAUGCUAGUCUCUGCUGUCUCCAAGUCUCGAAAUGCACUCCUUGGCUUUGAGUGUGUUCUAAGCUUCUUGCACUUUGCCGGCUUUGCGACGCUCACCAUUUACACUGUUGAGGCCUUCCCUACCCCGACUCGUGGAUUCUCGCUUGGAUUUAUGGGCUUCUUCUGGGGUCUCUUUGGAAUGAUUGCCUGCAUCAUCACUACGUUUGAUAGCACUGUUGUGUCAGGCGGCGGACCUGUUUGGUUCUGUGGUGCUAUCUGGUUUGUCAUGGUCGGUGCUUGGGUUGCUUUGCCCGAGACACAGGCUAAAGCAUCUGCUUAA